CGGAUAAAGAGGCUCUUCGUGCCACGUCAUCAUCCCCUCCCCCCUCCAGGUCUCCAGCUAUCACACACGAGCCAGCUUUCCUCGUUUUCCUUCAUUUUCUCGUCAACCAAACAGGGAAAUUUUCAUGUAGAUGGCUGUCAAGCUCCAUCGUCCGAGUCUUGUCUCUUCAAGUUCUUCAAAUCCAUGUCUGUCACAGAUGUCACUCGGAACCUUCAUAUCCUGCAAACGGGUAGUACAGUUAGAUUAUCCAUCAAGCUGUUGGGGUCUUUCAAGGAGCCAAUUGUGUCUAAGAUAUGGCUUUCUAGAUAGCAAAAACAGUGGUCUUAAUAGGCAACAAUUUGGCAACAAGAAAACAGUAUAUGAAUCACGGAGGAUAGUGCAGCCUCCUCUUCUUGCAUCUUCAGAAGAUGGAGUGGCUGUUAAUGGGAGUUCCCAGACAAGAACUAGCAGUAAUGUCGAGGAGAUUAGGGCCAAACUUGCUGAAUCACUACAGGAUGAAAACAACUCAGAUGGACUCAUCCAGUCUUUGUAUGAUGCUGCCAGAAUUUUUGAAUUGGCUGUUAAAGAGAAGAUUUCAUCAUCCAGAUUAUCAUGGUUUUCAGCAGCCUGGCUGGGUGUGGAUAGAAAUGCAUGGGUGAAAACACUUUCUUAUCAGGCCUCCGUGUAUUGCUUACUGCAAGCUGCAAAUGAAAUUUCGUCCAGAGGAAACGAUAGAGACAAGGAUGUUAAUGUCUUUGUUCAAAGGAGCUUAUCGCGCCAAAUUGCUCCCCUUGAGAGUAUGAUCCGGGAAAAAUUUUCUUCCAAGCAGCCCGAAGCUUCUGAGUGGUUUUGGUCCGAGCAAGUUCCUUCUGUGGUGACAUCUUUUGUGAAUUAUUUCGAGAGGGAGCAGCGCUUUGUUGCGAUCACUUCUAUAUCUGCGAAAAGCAAGUCAGCUGCAAGCAACGAGAUUGAGGUGUCGCUUCUCACGCUUGUCCUAGCCUGUGUUGCGGCAAUCACAAAACUCGGUCCAGCAAAACUUUCCUGUUCGCCCUUCUUUUCUGUGAUUCCGGAUACAACUGGAAGACUGAUGAACAAACUUGUUGACUUUGUUGCAAUACCUCAAGCUUAUCAUUCACUGAAAAGCAUUGGCCUACGCAGAGAAUUUCUCGUUCAUUUCGGCCCCCGAGCAGCAGCAUGCAGAGUGAAAAAUGACCGAACUUCAGAUGAAGUUAUCUUCUGGGUUGAUCUCGUACAAAAACAGCUGCAGCGAGCUAUAGAUCGGGAGAAAAUAUGGUCAAGAUUAACGACAUCUGAAAGCAUCGAGGUUUUGGAGAGAGACUUAGCUAUCUUUGGAUUCUUCAUUGCCUUGGGCAGGAGCACUCAGUCUUUCUUAGCUGCAAAUGGUUUUGAUCCACUAGAGAAUCCUAUGGAAGACAUUGUCAGGUAUCUUAUUGGAGGCAGCGUUCUGUAUUAUCCUCAACUUUCAGCCAUUAGUUCAUAUCAACUGUAUGUAGAGGUUGUUUGUGAAGAACUAGAGUGGAUUCCUUUCUAUCCAAAUACUACCAGCACACAGCAACUGAAACAGUCCCAUGGGCAUAAGAGCAGACCAGAAGGGCCACCAAAUUAUAAAGCUAUUCCCCAAGUUUUGGAUGUCUGCUCUUAUUGGCUGCAGAGCUUUAUUAAAUACAGUAAAUGGCUGGAGAACCCUUCUAAUGUCAAGGCAGCAAAAUUCUUAUCCAAGGGGCACAGCAAGUUGAUUCAAUGCAUGGAAGAACUCGGGAUAUCAAAGAUGACCGGAGCAGAAGCCAGUUUUAUCGAAGGAAAUGCAUCAUCAACUAAUAAAGACAACUCAUUUGACAAGGCAUUAGAAAGUGUAGAUGAGGCCCUUAUCAGAUUGGAAAGCCUGCUACAGCAGCUGCAUGUAUCAAGUUCUUGUUCUGGAAAGGAACAAAUAAAAGCUGCUUGCUCUGACCUAGAGAAAAUAAGGAAACUUAAGAAGGAAGCUGAAUUUCUGGAGGCAUCUUUCAGAGCCAAAGCGGCUUUCCUGCAACAGGAAGAUGGUGAAAGUGAUUCCCAGCAGUCCUCCGAGGAUCAACAGUAUUCAAAAGGGAAAGUCACAAAGGCCGCGGAUAAUAUGGUAGAUCAUGGCAGAAGAACUCGUAAUAAUCAAGGGCUCUGGGGCUUCUUUGCAUUCCCUUCGAAGAAGAAAGACGUGCCUGAGUUAUUGGGAAAUGAAUAUAUUGAGAAAUCCAGUGCAAGCAUAGACAAAAUGGACUCUGAACCUAAUGAUAUUUACAGAUUUGAACUUCUAAGGAAUGAAUUGAUAGAACUUGAAAAGCGGGUCCAAAGAAGUACUGAUCAAUCAGAAAAUGAAGAGGAAAGAAUCUCUGAGAAUGUUCCUGAAUCGAGAGCUAAUACUGGAGAUGUACAGUUGGCUCAGACUCCAAAGAGAGAAGGCGUUGUUGAGAGAACUAUUCACAAGCUAAGAGAGACAACUACGGACGUUUGGCAAGGAACUCAGCUUCUUGCUAUUGAUUCGGCUGCUGCCAUGGAACUGCUACGGAGGUCCCUGAUAGGGGAUGAAUUAACUGAAAAAGAAAAGAAAGCUCUUCGCAGAACCAUGACUGACUUGGCAUCAGUAGUUCCAAUUGGUUUCCUAAUGCUUCUCCCGGUGACAGCUGUUGGCCAUGCGGCAAUGCUGGCUGCUAUUCAGAGAUAUGUCCCUGCUCUGAUCCCUUCCACAUAUGGACCCGAAAGGUUGAACCUGUUGAGACAGCUCGAGAAAGUCAAGGAAAUGCAAACCGAUGAAACGGAGUCUGAAGAAGGCAACGAGGAAAAAGCAUAACCAGAAGAAGAAUAAAAAAAGAAAACAUACACCGAGUACACCAGGUAGGCACCAAUGGCUGCAGUCUUGAGGAGCAUCAGCAGGAGUGCCCGGCUCUCGAUAACGCGAAGGAUGAGCAUCUUUUCUAAACUCGGUUAGAUAUGUGAUAUUCAUAAACUUAACCUUACUGCUGUGUCCAUAUCCCAUUUCUUC